AUGAGUGACAUGUGGCAGCCACAACCGACACUUCUUCAUGAAGUUAUUGCUCUAUUACAAGUGUAUACAGUACCAAAUAAUCAAGUGCAACAGGAUUCAUACCAACGUCUCCAGCAAUUUCAGAAGAAUCUCGAGUUUAAUCUCUAUUUGGUUCAUUUACUCUGCUCCAUGCAGACGGAAUCAAAUGUUCGUCAACUUGCUGGAUUACUGCUAAAACGAAAUAUUAAAGCACGUGAUGCUAGUACCGUACUGACGCCAACUGAGGUGGAGGUUUUUGCUGUCAUUCGUGGCCAGACACUCCGAGUACUGGCUGAUCCGCUGCCACCCAUUCGCAACACAGCUGGCUCCAUUGUCACUACAUUUGUGUCCCAAUACACCUUUUUAGAUGAAUGGCCGGAGCUCAUGCCGGCACUGCUUUUGUUCUUAGAGCAGCAAGAUGAAAAUGCAGUAGCUGGAGCAUUUGGCGCGCUUGUUAAAAUCUGCGAAGACUCGGCUGCGAAGCUUGAAAACUCACCCAGUCGCCCGCUUAAUGUACUCGUGCCCAAGCUGCUGCAGUAUUUUCACCACCAGAACGCCAAUUUUCGCCGUGAUGCGCUCGAAUGCCUUAACAAUGUGCUUAUCUACAUGCCCGUAGGCCUGGUUGUACAAAUGGAGAAUUUCUUGGCGGGCAUCUCACUACUCACGCAAGAUCCGUCCAAUGACGUACGGAAACUCGUUUGCAAGAGUAUUGUCAUCUUGCUUGAGGUAGGCGUGCAGUACCUCGUACCACACUUGGACAGCAUUAUUCAGUUCAUCCUUCGCGCCAACCAGGACGAGGAUGAGAAUGUAGCCAUCGAGGCUUGCGAGUUUUGGGCGUCUUUUUGCGAUCUACGCGAGUUCAAUGAAAUUAAGCCCAUGCUACUGCCGUACUUGGCACAGAUCGUGCCACUGCUGUUCCAGCGCAUGGUAUACAGCGAGGAGGAUCUGGCCAAUUUCGAGGCCGAGGAGCAAAGUCAAAAUGAAAAUGUGCCUGACCGACCGGAGGACAUUAAGCCUAUCUUUCACCGCAAGGGUGGCGGUGGACAGGAGGGUGGCAAUCUUGAUGACGAGGACGACGGCGAUGACGAGGACGACGACGAUGAUGAUGAUGACGACUCGCUGCUGAAAUGGAAUCUUCGUCGCUGCUCGGCUGCUAGCCUCGACAACCUUGCCAAUGGCUACGGUAACGACAUUCUCCCGACGUUGCUGCCGCUGCUGCAGCAGCGUCUUGCGCAGGAACAGCCGUGGCCGCUGGUGGAAAGUGGUAUUCUGGCCCUUGGUGCAAUUGCGGACGGUUGCUACAAUGGAAUCACGCCUCACCUUCCCCAGUUGUACCCGUUCCUGCUGCAGAAAUUGGACGACCCUGCACCACUCAUCCGUAGCAUUACUUGCUGGACAUUGAGCCGUUAUGCUUCGUGGGUCGUGGAGCAAGGCAACCACGAGGUGCUAUUCAAGCCACUUGUUGAGGGUAUGCUAAAGCGCAUUUUGGAUCCGCAUAAGAAGGUACAAGAGGCAGCAUGUUCUGCGUUUUGCACUCUUGAGGAAGAAGCUCGCGAGGAGUUGGUGCCUUACCUUACACCAAUUCUGCAGAACCUUAUGUUUGCUUUUGGCAAAUAUCAGGCGAAGAACCUGUUAAUUUUGUACGAUGCGAUUGGAACGCUUGCAGACUCGAUUGGCGACCACUUGAAUCACUCUGAGUUGAUUCAGAUCCUUAUGCCUCCGCUAAUUGCAAAGUGGAAUGCUUUGGACGACCGAAGCCGCGAGAUUCUACCGCUGUUUGAGUGUCUGGCGCCAGUGGCUCAGGCGCUGGGCAAUGGCUUUCAAGAGUUUGCGAUGAACGUUUACGUUCGUUGUCAGCGCAUUGUGGAAAACGAGCUGCUUGCUGACGCUAUGUCAGAGCAGAGCCCUGAAGAGUUUGAUGAGGGUGAUCCGGAGCUGAUUGUGUGCGCUUUAGACCUGAUCUCGGGCAUGAUUGAAGGUCUGCAGCACAACAGUGAAGCACUGCUGAAUGGAUCGAACAUCCUGAACGUGCUUAGGAGUUGCGUGCGUCACGAAGUAAUGGAUGUGCGCCAGAGCGCCAUGGGCGUUGUAGGCGACCUUGCGAAACACGCGUCGAACAUGCUCCGCCCUGGUCUUGGCGACCUGCUGCCGGUGUUGAUUGAUAAUAUCGACGCUGAAUUGCCUACUGUGUGUAACAAUGCAAGCUGGUCGGUAGGCGAGAUCGCUAUACGUAUCGGCGCUGAUAUGGAACCAUAUGUCGAGAGUUGCUUGGGUCGUCUAAUUGGCAUGAUCAAUCGCCCAAAAUUGCCACGUAACUUAGUGGAGAAUUGCACGAUCACCAUCGGCCGACUCGGCUACGUGUGCCCGAACGUUGUGGCACCGCAUUUGCAGGAGUUUGCGAAGCGUUGGUGUCGCGCUCUCGCGCAUGUACGGGCGCCAGAAGAGAAAGAGCAUUGUUUUUUGGGUCUGUGCUACAUGGUGAAGGCGAACCCGAAUGGCAUCGUCGCUGACUUUAUGUACAUGUGCGGUGCCAUUGCUUCGCUAGAGGGUCAGCAGAUCCAGCAUGCAGAGCUGAAGGACAUGUUGUUCCAAAUUGUGCAUGGCUUUAAGACGAGCCUGGGUGAAAACUGGGCUGCGUACUUUGCGAGCUUUCCGGAGCCUCUGCGACGGUUCCUCACGACGCGCUUUAACCUGUAG